AUGAUUACAUAUGGCGGCGGUGCCUUUGGAUUUGAAGUUCUAUUUCGACUGCAUGGUUCUGCAAUUUGGAAGUCCUUGACUCUUGCGGUUCUCUCGUGUGGCAUAUAUUUGCUGCUGUAUUUCUACUCGGGAGUUCCGGAAAACUACGUUGCAGACGCUACUGACCCGAACAAGGUUGUGCUGUUUGAUCACCCGUAUCCGAUCGGAGCCUUGGUAUCUGCCUUUUCCUUUUUGCUCGUGUUUCGAGCCAACUUUGCCUAUCAUCGGUAUUGGGAAGCCUUUUCGGCGAUUCAUUUAAUGCACAGCAAAUGGACUGACUUUGCCACCGAAGUCGCUUCCUUUCACUACCAAAGCGAAAGGUAUUCAAAAUACGCACCACCGGCCUUUGGUACCUAUGAGCCGAUAGCGUCGCCGUUUGUCUUGAACUGGAGUGACCCCGAGAACAUUGGUACGCCCGCGGCUUCCAUGGCAGCCUCGGUAUUUUCGGGGGCACCCUCCCAGCACAUGAUGGCCGUGUCUCGAGAACGAGAACGACUGGACGAACCCAUGACCAAGGAAGAAUUGGAACUGCACCUGGAAGAAAUGGCCGAUCAAGCCACUAUCAAUGGGGAUGCUUCCGUGACUUCCACUUUGCGGAGUCGGUUCUUUCGACGAAAGGUGAACUUUCAGGACGAACCACCACCAGAGGAGGAGCCGCCACUGCACAAAACGAAGAAGAAGACGAAGAAGAAGAAGAGCAAGCCAGAGCGGGAAUACUCUCCCCGCUCAAAUUAUCACAUGCCAAAAGGAACCAGUGAACGAACGAAAAUGAUCAACCAGCGGAACAAUAGCAAAAAUAUCAACAACUGCUUGGCCAAUGAUGACGAUGAUUACGAUGAUUGUUUCGGCGGUGUCAACAACAAUCAAAGGUCUCGAAGCAAGAAUAAAUUGUUUGGUCUUGACAAGAAGACGCAAAAGAAUAAGCGGCAACCCUCAUUGUACAAUGAAUACGGAGCCAACACUACUACAUUUACGACAGUCGCACGAAGGACCUGGAGAAAAGGGGUUCAAUUGGCACCACCACCAGAGGAGGAGUGGGGGAACAACAACAACAACAACAACGACGACGAGCCACCCAAACCUCCACCCAUCAUGUCCAUCCCACCCAAUGCACUUUUUCUUGAAGAAAUUGCCCAUUUGUUAUCCCUCUUGUCGGCCGUGGCCAUGUCGACACUGCGAAAUGACUUGGAAGAGGCCGAGUCUCCAUUAAUUGAAUUCUUUCCCAAUGAACCUUGGCCCCAUGUGGACCCGGAUGACUACAUGGCGGACGUCCGGCAAGAAUGGGAAUCCAGUUCGAGUCUCAUUACCGGUUGGAACAUUGGCUUGCCAAGCAGCAUACGCUAUAUGUUGGGCCUUUCUAGAAAUGAUGUCAGUCGGACCUUGUACAAUGCAGCACGGCCCUUUCGAGUGAUUGGGAAUGUAUCGGAUGCGGAAAUUGAACUCUUGCAAAAGGCACGCGGGCCGUUGGCCAAGGUGUCCUUAUGUUCCCUGUGGUUGCAAGAAUUUUUGAGUCGAGAAUACUUGCAAGGGAGUACGGGCAACAUUGCUCCACCGAUUGUCAGUCGUCUAUACCAAUAUGUCAGCGAAGGAAUGGCAGGGUACAAUCAAGCCCGCAAGAUUGCCUUUAUUCCAUUCCCCUUUCCACACGCACAAAUCACGACUCUUUUCGUAUUUGUCAUUGUGGCAUUCAUGCCGCUCUUGAUGCUCACCUUUGUCAACAACCUCAUUAUGGGCUUGCUACUGAAUUUGUUUACCGUACUUUGCUUUGUGGGACUGCAUGAGGUGGCCCGAGAAUUGGAGAACCCCUUCAAGAAUGUACCCAACGAUCUCCCAUUGAAUAAUUACCAAGCACAAUUCAACGAGAGUCUAAUGAUCAUGUUCUAUGGUUACCAUCCAGAUGGACACAAUUGGGUUCCGCCGCAACAGGAAGAGCAAGAAGAAGAAGAAGACGACGACAACGACAACGACCAAGAAAGAGCAGAGGACAAUGGCCGUCGCCGUAGUUGGAGUCUAGGGAAUGAAGCUGGUAUUGCUGGUAUUAUGGAUUUGGAACACGGGGCAGCUCCAAUCGAAACAUCGAGGCCGAGACUUGGCAGACACGUCAGGGGAACAACCCCAUUUAAUAUCCCUGAGAUUGUACUCGAGGAAGACAUGGCACAAAGUGUGCUAUCAUGGGAAAGCGAUGCGUUGCCAAUGCUAUAA